CGGGGCGAACGGCAAGUUAGAGAAACAGCGAAAAAUCGUACGUCCCGGCGGAUAAUAAUAAUAUUUAAAGGUCGGUUGACGACUUUUCGGUUCGCGAAUACCGUAUAACAACUUAUUGUAUCGAUCGCGAUCCGUUUGGCAUAUUUUCAUCCAUUUCCCGCGCUCAACACGCUCACGCACCACGCCGCCGCGACACAUCCGUACCGGUUCUGCGAAAGCCGGGGUUGUGGCAGCUCUGUAAAAUUACACCACGAAAAUUUGUUGUAUCACGGCGGUUCGCUCCAAUUCCAACUUCCGAGUUUCCGACGGCGAAAAAACCGUACGCACUUCGCACCGCUCGUCCGGCAUACACCUAUCGCCACGCUCGAGCACGCCGUCCACGUUGGCUUCUGUCCUCAGUUAUCCCCGUCGUUCAGCAGGUCCGUGUUGAUUAAAGCUCGCGUGACAGGCGACAUUUCUCCGGCCGUUAAUCGUUUCAGUUUUUUAACCGGCCACGCCGUGUGUUGUCGCAGUUCCGUACGGGCACCAUCUCGCCGACGUCCAAGUCCCGCGUGUUCCGUGGUGAACUAACUACGAUCAACGCUGUCUUGGAAGUUAAGCGCGCACUCCACUUUGAACUUAACGCUCAAUACAUCACCAACCACAUCACGAUGGCGCCAAAGAGGAAAGCCGCUCAGAAGCCGACCAAAUCGUCCGUCGAGGAUGUGCCGAUAGUCAUCAUUGAGGAUAUGGCGCACAUCACUGUCAGACGUCCAGUUAUUAAAGAUAAUAUGGUUGAAGAUGAUAUAAUUCAAAAGGAUGAAAUAGAUGUUAAAAUACCAAUUUCAGAAAAUAAUACAGACAUGAAUGCUACAGUGGUUUUAGAACAAAUACCUGAUUUUCAGCAAAAAGCAACAGAGUUAGAAUCUAAAUUAGAAGUUGUUGUAAAUGAAGAGGAAACGAUUAAAAAACCUGUUCAAAAGAAAAUUACCAAAUCAAAACUUAAAUCAAAAAAACAAACAUUAGAAGAAGAUUCCAAAGCUGUAAGGACUAGGAAAAGGGCUGCUAGUGAAGAUAGACAGGUAUUGAAGGUGGUAGAAAAAGUAGUUAGCAAAAGUCGAAAAAGACCGGUCGAUAAAAAUUUACCAGAAUCUCUAAAACCUGUUUCUCCAUCAAACGAACUACCAAAAAGAAAUCGGAGAGCCGCUAGCGUGGACAUUAUAACAUCUGAAACUUCAAAUUAUCCAUUAGAUAAGGUACAAAAAAAAAAUAAAGUUGCUAGUAAAUCUACUAAAGCUGCAGUUGUAACUGAAGAUGAUGUACUAAAAAAACAAAAAAAAGGAACAAAAAAAGAAGAUCAACCUAAAAUAAUGAUAACAAAAGAUGAUGAAAUAAAAAUUUUAGAAAAAACUUCCAAGGGGAAAAAAAAUACAAAAAAAGUAUUAAUUGAAGAAAAAGAAAAUGUUGUAAUAACAGAACAAAAUGAUGAUGAAUUAGUUUUAAAUGACAGUCAAGAAAAACCAAAAUCUAAGCGAGGCGUUAAAAAGGUCAAAACAGAUGAACUUGAUCAAGAUGAUGAAGUAGAAAAAGUACCUAAACCUUCAAGUAGAAGCCGAGCAGCUCCAAAAGUGAGUGCUAAACAAAACAAUGAAAAAGAUGUAGAAAAAAAACAAAAAAGUGUACCUAAGACUAAAAAAAACAUUAAGUCACCAGAAAAGUCUGAAGAGUCCAGUGAAAUAAAUGAGUCUGAUGAUUCUAAUAAAACUCCUGAAAUAAAACCAAAACGUGAGCGUAAAUUUAAACAAAUUGAUGUUGAAAAUAAGGAUGAAGAAUUUAAAGAAAUUAAAGCACCAAAACAACGAGGUGGUCGUAAGGCUAAAGUUGAGGACUUAGAUGAAGAAGUACUACAGAAGAGUCCGCCUGCCGAACAUGAGAUAAACCUUGAAUCUGAAGAUUUAGCUGAUGAUCUCCCACUUACCCCAGAGUCUGAAAAAAAAGAAGUCAAACCCAUUGCAAAACGUAAAACAAAAGCAAAGUCUAAAAAAUAAUUACUAAUUAUAGAGAAACUAUAAAAUGUUCAUUAAGUAUUAAAGUUUUUUAUUUAUUUUUUUUUUUUAAAGAAUACA